AUGCUCAUACCAUGUGAAGGCUAUGUCGGAAAAAAGCAUGUCGUUGGUGUAACGAUCUUACCAGCGGCGUUGACGUGGAUCGUGGACCUCGGCAUCUCCAGGCGCAAGGUUGAUGACCACGUCCCAUGGCAGCGCUUCAAUAUCGUCAACUCUUUCUUCCAACACAAUACUACGAAUACAAUGCCGGAGCCUCUCGCUCUCGAUCUCGCAUCAAAGCGUACGCGGACGCGUAAUGAUUAUGUCUACCUUGAAGACUACAGGUCUCGGUGGAACGACAACGAUAUGUUUCAUCACCUGAACAAUCCUAUAUAUGGUGUCCUGAUCGACUCCAUCAUAAACUCUUACUUGAUACAGAAGACUGGCUAUAGCACAUCGGAGUCGGAAUUCAUCGGUCUCGUUGGAUCUAGCUAUUGCGACUAUUUUGGCUCUGCGCAUUAUCCUGGCAUGCUGAACGUCGGCUUACGGGUUGUCAAGAUGGGCAAGAGCAGUGUCAUGUAUGAAGUCGGCGUCUUUCAGGAAGGCGAAGACCAGGUCAAGGCUGUAGGCGGCUUCAUCCAGAUCUGGGUGCUGCGCAAGACGAACAAGCCUACUGCUGAAGGCAUUCCUCAGCAUGUGCGACGCGAGCUCUCGACAUUAUUGCAAGGCAGUGAGCAGGAUCCGACUACGAAGUCGAAAAUGUGA